CUUUACUUUACCUAUUACUCGUAGCUCCAUAACCUAAGUCUCCCCCUCACUACUAUACACUUUGACGCCCUCUUCUUUUCAUUCCUUCUUUCAUCUUUAAUACAUAUCCCUGGCUAAUUUUCUGCUCAACAGCACCUCAUAGAUCUUAGACGACAUGGCUUCUGAGAAACCAGAGAACAUCAUCACUGUCGGUCACGACCGCUUUGGUUUCGACUCUCGUGUCGAAAUGGACACUCUCAGGAGUCUUUAUCUUUCUCCUAGUUUUGUCAAAGAUGGUGACGCCACCAAGAACAUUUCCGGUGCACCUCCCAAGGACUACGGAGCCCAAUCGACUUACGACAAGAGCUCCAACUCGAUCCAAUUCACCACGGUAGCGAAAUUCCCUCCCGUGAAGCUUCUCCCGAAUGCCGAGAGGAAGAGGAUCUUGGUCACCGGAGGUGCCGGUUUCGUAGGAUCUCACCUCGUUGACCGUCUCAUGCUUUUGGGACAUGAGGUGACUGUAUUGGACAACUUCUUCACAGGUUCGAGAACCACGGUGUCUCAUUGGGUCGGUCACCCGAACUUUGAGAUGGUCCGACACGAUGUGGUCAACCCCUUCUUGAUUGAAGUGGACCAAAUCUACCACUUGGCUUGCCCAGCCUCUCCCCCGCACUACCAAUACAAUGCAGUCAAGACCCUCAAGACUUCCUUCUUGGGCACUAUGAACAUGCUCGGUCUUGCCAAACGUACCAAAGCUCGUUUCCUCAUCACCUCCACUUCUGAAGUGUACGGUGACCCUGAGGAACACCCUCAGCGUGAAGAUUACUGGGGUCACGUCAACUGUAUCGGACCUCGUGCUUGUUACGACGAAGGUAAACGUGUCGCCGAAACCCUCACUUAUGGCUACAUGAGGCAAGAUGGUGUCGACGUUCGUGUCGCUCGUAUCUUCAACACGUUCGGACCCCGUAUGAACCCAUACGACGGUCGUGUCGUUUCCAACUUUAUCAUCCAAGCUCUCAAGGGCGAGGACAUGACCGUCUAUGGCGACGGUAAUCAGACUCGUUCUUUCCAAUAUGUUCAUGACCUUGUCGAUGGUCUCAUUCUCUUGAUGAAUGGAGAUGAGACUCGUCCCGUCAACAUCGGUAAUCAGCAUGAGUUCACGAUCAUCGAAUUCGCCGAAGCAGUCCGUGACAUCGUGGAAAAGGUUCAGAAGGAACAAGGUAACCCCCUUGCCAAGCGUGUCAACAUCAUCCACAAGGAGAUGCCCACGGACGACCCUCAGCGUCGUCGCCCGGACACUACCAGGGCUAAGGAGACUCUCGGGUGGCAGCCUCAGUUCAACGUCAGGCAAGGUGUAGAAGAGAUGACAGGUACGCUACUACGCUGCUCGAAUCGCAGAGGGUCUGUUGUGACCUGGUACGGUGUGCAUGGGUCUAUGGUAUGGUAUACAAUUACGUCUGGCAUGGAAAUAGUUACUUAGAGAGAUUGAGAGACAUGCAACAUUCAUUUGAGGCG